CGGCGCCCGGGCUCCUUUAUGACACGCUGCCGCUGUCCAACCUGAGCGCAGGCCUCGCUGCUUUGGUUCGUACCGCGAGCCCAUCGUCGACCGUCGCACCAUCUUCUGUGCUGGUGUUACCGGGAGUCGACCUGAAGUCCCUAUCGGAGCUUGUGUCCGCUGACGCACUGGGGGUGCUGCACUAUGUAGGCUUCCGAGCUGCCCUGUGGGCGGCACCGUUCGUGGCGACGCCUCCCGACAAACUCAUCACGGCGCACAUGCUCACGCGUCGGCCUCCGAUCGCCGACAAGCAACGCGCGUGCAGCCGUGCCGUGGGCCACGCUGUGCCGCUGGUGUACCUGCAGGCGAUGCGCGGCGCCCUGGGUCCGCUGACUGUGGCCCGCAUGUGGACCGACCAGCUGGAGGAUCGCUUCCUGCGCAGCCUGCCGCUGCUCCUCCCGCAGCCAGGACCCGACGCGCACCUGGUGGCCCGCAGCGUGCGAGACACUCCGCUGGCUCGAUUCUACCCAGCGCGACUCGCGGAUGCCAAGAGCUGGAACGCAUACCUGCUCGCGCUGGCCGCCUCUAUGGCCAACGCCACGGGUCAACGGAAAAGCACGCUGCUGAAGGUCCGCAUGGCCGCCGCUGCCGCCGACCGUUCAGGUGGAUGGGCGAUGGACAUGCGGCCGACGUGGCUACCCGGAGGGGCCCUGCGGUUACCGCCCGGGCUGUUCGGUUCCGUCGUGCCACUCAACAGCUCGCUGCGCACUCAUCAAGUGGCAAGGGUGGCAGUGCGCUUGUACACCGCCCUGGCCGCACUACUCAGAGACAUUCCGGGCGUGUUCGAUUCACCUGUGCGCGAGUCUGAGCAGGCGAAUCUCCGCAGCGUGGCCGAAUGCCUCCGCAGAGACUUGGACGCCAUGCCGCCGGCGCUCAAGAGCGGCUUUCCGCCUGCCAAGGAACAGCCUUGGGCCCUCUUUGACCAGGCGGUGGGCUUAGCCCUGGCGCACGAUAACCUCGCGGAAUUGAUGGACACUCGGCGCAUCUGGGGCAAGGACCUGCGGCUGAAGGGUCUCGAGAAUCUUUCCUCGGACCAGCUGUUCUUCGUGUACUACGCAAUGGAUAAUUGCGAGCGGUCGGACGCGCAGGCGCAGCGUCGUCUUGCAUGGCCACUCGGAGGACAGGAGCGCGUCAACGGGCCGCUACGCCAUUGGGCCCCAUUCGCCGAGAACUUCGGCUGCCUCGACGGGCAGCCCAUGGUAGCGCCCAAGCGGUGCCCGCUGCUCGACGCCUCCUAGCUAAACGUGCUCUGCUUAACGGCACGCCGACUCAUACACUACGAAUGCCAUAGCCUGUGUUGAUCAAUGAAAGAAAAUCGGCAACUCGAUCAUGGCCCAUAGUUGGUUAUCUCGGCCCCCGUCAUUUCUAGAAGCGGGCGCCGCCUGGUGCACACUUGAGUGCAGUUU